AUGACGACGAGAUUAAUCGUCAAAAACUUGCCAUCAAACUGCACAGAAGCUUCGUUGCGAAAGUUUUUCUCCAAACAUGGCACGAUCACCGACGCAUCUUUAAAAUACACGAAAGAAGGAAAAUUUCGUAAGUUUGCUUUUGUCGGCUUCUUGGACGAAGAAUCGGCGAAAAAGGCUGUCAAUCAAACCAACCAGGCUUUCAUGGGAACUUCCAAACUUCAGGUUUAUCAGAAAUGGUAAUUUUUUAAACCUUAUAUUUUUGAGGUAGAAGAAUGCAGGCCAUUUGGAGACACAGAUAAGCCACGAGCAUGGAGUUUAUAUUCCAAAGACAGCAGGUAAACGUGUUUUAGAAACAACUCAGUUUUUUUCGUUUAUUCAAGUGCCUACAAGCGCAAACACGGCGACAAAGAGAAGGAUCAAAACAUUCAAACGCCUUCAGAAAGUGAACCAAAUGUGAAAAAGAAAAAAAAGGAUGAGAAGUACCAACAGUUUUUGGAAGCUAAGGGCGUGAAAACCGAGAAGGUUAAUAACCCAAGAUGAUCCAGCUCAAAAUUUUUUUAGGAACAAAAAUUUGUCGUAUCAAAAGAAGAGAAACAGUUGUUGGAUGAGUUGCUCGAAGGAGUACAUGGUUUGUUUUAAAGAAAAUAAUUACAGACUUCCGAUUUUUCAGGAGAUACAUCUCUUUCUCUUACUUUCACUGGCCUUCCAUCUUCAAUAAAGCUGAAAAAUAUCAAAGAAUGGCUGAAUCCGAUCCGUGUAAAAGCCUUAAAGGCAAUUUUUCCCAUCUCCUUCGAAUACUUCGAGGUAUUUUCAGAUUUCUCGCACAGAAGAAACUGCGGCGGCGUUUGUCACUUUCAAUAGACCUCCAGAUGUCCGGAAAGCUCUGGAACGUGAUUCUCAGUUUUUGGGUGGUUAUAAAGUCAACAUUCGGAAGGUAUUAUUUGACACUUCAUUCUAAAUAUCUCAACAUCUUCCCUACAGGUGGAUAUUGGCAACGAAGAAGAAGAUAAACGUUCAAAUAACGAAAAUUUUUCGAAAAAUCCCGAAUACAGUCCUGAAAAAGAGGAGGUACAUAGAAAAAAUUAAAUCAGUUCAGCAACUCAAUGCUUUGAUUCUCUUUUUCUAUUUUUUUUAGGAAGUGAUCCGAGAGAAAAUACUUGACACUGGUCGCUUGUUCCUUCGUAAUUUGCCCUUUGCCACCACCGAAGACGAUUUGCAUUUCGUUUUCAAGAAGUACGGCGAAGUUGGCGAAGUUCAGGUUUGCAAAAACUUUUUGCUCAGUGAAAUUUUUUGAAGAUAUAAAUUCGGGAAAAAGGCCAUUAUAUUUAUUUGAUCAACAGCGCACGUUUUAAUUUAAGUUUUGUGAUCAGAUUGUUGUAGGUGAUCACGAACAAGACCGACGGAAGAUGCAAGGGAUUCGCGAUUGUCGAGUUUGUGUUUCCCGAGUCGGCCGUCGCGGCUUAUUCAGCGAUGGACGGCCGCAUUUUUAAGGUGUCGGACUAUUUUUAUGAGAAAAAAAAAGAUUUUUGUAGGGUCGAAUGAUGCAUAUUCUGCCUGGAGAAGAAAAACGAGAAAAAGAAGAAGAAGAAGAAGACGUGAAGGAGAAGGGCGGCGACCUCGCCACGACGUCUUCUUUCAAACGGCAGAAGGAGGAGAAACAGAAGGCCAAUGCACAAAAGGUUCCUCUAACAAAUGUGCUCUAUCUAACUCUUAAAAUCCAUAGAGAGCUUAUAGAUGUUAAGUAGUUCUUAGGUCUCCAUUCUUCACGUCCAUAGCUCAAGACCUCAAGAUCUGAGUUUGAAAGACACUAAUCGAGAAAUUCCUUCAACCUAAAUAUGGUUAUGGAAGUUAAUUUUUAUCGAAUAAUUGGAGCUUAUGUUGAAAUUGGUCUUAAAAAUUGACAGAAAAGUUGAGUUUUUUUUUCUCAAGGUUUAGUGGUUUUUGAACUUGUUCCGCUGAAAAAAAAAUAAUUUCUCGACAGAUUGAAAUGUUUCUAUUCAAAUUUCAAAGUUUAUGAACUCUUUUUCAAACAUGUCCUUAAGAGCCACUCGUGGAACGCCCUUUUCUUGGGUGCCAAUGCAGUUGCCGACACGUUGGCCGAACGUCUCAGCGUCUCUAAAUCCGAUUUGUUGACUGGAGAAAGUGGUCAAAGGUAAUCAUCAAAUCUUUUCAUUUUCUUCGAGGAACCGAGAGAUAGAGGGAUAACACACUUUCUGGUGUGCGAAAUCGAGGUUUAAAGUUGAAACAUUUGUUUAGCUUUGAUUGGAAAAUUUUUAGUUUUUCAAUUAAGCUUUUGACGAUUUUAUUCGUUCCUUAUAUCUUAGGAAAUCUUGUUUCAACCAAAACAAGUGAAGAAAACAAAUGGGUUUUUAUGUGCAGACGGUAAUCAUUCCGUGUUCGCUCUUCCAAAGCCAGAAACUUGCGUUAAGGAUUUUUCUUUAAUCUUUCUGCUUUUAUGCAACGUCACUAUAAUCAGCUUGAAAUUUAAAAAGUCGUUCAGAGAUCAGUAAGAGAACAAAUUAUCUCAAUUUAUUUCAAAAAAAUUAUCUCAAAAAAAUUAAAAAAGGGAUUUUAUAUUCAAUUUUUUCCUGUUUCAGCGCCGGUGUCCGCAUGGCGCUUGCGGAGACACGACUCGUUCAGGAAACUCGCGACUUUUUUUGA